AUGAUGCAGCUGUCGAACUGGUUCUCGCAGCUGCAGUACCUGCACGCACGCCGCGAGAAGGGGCUGCAUCCGGUAAGCGAGAUGAACCGAUUCGCCAUCCUUGUGUGCGGACUGUUCUGCGGGAUCUGCGUAUCGCUGCCGUACACUUACGACCUAUACACGACGCAGCUCCGCGACCAGUUCGAACUGUCCGCCGGGGACCUGUCGACAGUGAGCACUGUAGGACUUGUGUUCUUCUUCUCUAUGCUGCCGUUCAGCGUGAUCUUCGAGAUGCUCGGGCCGUUCACGAACUUCGUGAUCUGCCUUGCCAUGGGCGUGAUCGGGACGGUGGGCCUUGCGCAGACCUUCUCUGGCGCGAUCCCCGGCAACGUGGCGACGAUCAGCAUGUUCUACGCGUUCCUGAACCUGGCGAGUGGGCUGAUCGACACGACGUACAUCUCGACGCUGUUCGAGAUAUUCCCGCGCAACCGCGGCCCUGUCGUGUGCCUCGCGAAGGUGAUGACGGGGCUGGGCAGCACGAUCUUUGCGUGCCUGAGCACGACGCUGUUCAAAGGCAACUUGAUCGGGUUCAUCUACUUCCUGGGCGCGUUCAUCGCCGCUGUGACGGUGUGCUCGAGCGCGCUGAUUGUGCUACCACUGUACUACAUGAACUGGUGGCGGCUGCGCGGGAAGAGUGCCGAGGAGGUUGCGCUGCUGCGCGCGACAAAGCCUCUGUACGAGUUCAAGUUCGUGCCUGUGCGACGCCUGAUAGUGGGAUACGCGGUCGUGCUGACGAUGAUCGUGUUCUUCACUGUGGAGACACCGGUUGUGUCGUACGUGAGCCACGUGCCGCGCUCGGUGGAGUUGGCGAUCGGCGUUGUGGUCUCUGUGCUGAUGCUGUGCCUGUUCCUGAUGCUGCUGCCGCUGCGGUGGCUUGGCGGGAUGAAUGAGGCCGCGCCGUCGGAUCUCGAGCUGCGCGCGAUUGCGCUGGCGUACGAGGCGCCUGCGUCGGAGCACUACGCGUCGGUCGGCGCUGAGGUGGCGAACGUGAUGCCGACGGGGGGCGAUGAUACUGUGGGCAUGGACGACUCGCCGGAGUCGGAGUCGAGCUCGCGCCAGGACCCACGCUACCCGGGCUCGACGGUGCUGGACUACUUGAAAUCGCUGGACCUGUGGCUGAUUCUGCUGUACAUGUUUUGUGUUUCCCCGAUGGGGAUCAUGAUGUCGUACAACGGGAGCACCAUCUCAAUCGCGAAAACGGGAAAUCCGCGGAGCGAGCAGACGGCUGCGCUGUACACUGCAUUCGUUGGCCUGGGUAACAGCGUAGGCCGCAUCGCGUUCGGACUGUUUGAGGCGUAUGUGCAACACAUGAAGGGUAGGAGCGGGCGCCGCCGCGUGCUGGUGACUGCUGCGCUGUUCGUGAGCCCGACACUGGCGACUGUUGGUGGUGUGCUGCUGCUUGUGCUGCCGGGCAAGCUGAUUCUGUUUCCAUACAUCGUUGGGUACAUCGUGAAUGGCUUCAACGCGGCGCUGCAGGCUCUUAUCUUCACGUGCCUGUUCGAGAGCUUCCACAACACGCUGUACAACAUGUCGUUCACGGUGAUGGUGAUCUGCGUGAUUGUGUUCAACCGGCUCCUGUUCGGCAUGUACGUGGACAUGCAGCACCGCAAGCUGCAGCUGAGCACGUCGCAGGAGUGCAACCGUUCGGUGUGCAUCGAGACGCCGUUCAUUGUUGCAACGUGCCUUGCUGCCGGCGGUCUGCUUGUUGCGGGGCUUGUGCACGUGCGGUACGCGCGGUUCGUUGCUCGCGUGCAGGAGCGGCGGCCCGAGGCGGCGAAGCCAACGGAGUGCGAGCUGAUCGAGUGA